AGCAGCAGCUCCAGCACUGCCGAAGUUUCACUUUUUGUCUGUGGGUCCGCUCCCGGCCCCCGCGCCAGCUUUCCCGGGAUAAGUAGCCUUAGCAAGGAAGGGAGAGCCGGGCGCUGCAAGGUGAGGACAUUGAGGCUCAGAAAUAGAACCGAAGACAGAACCCAGUCACCUGCUUCUCAUCUGAGGACUUUGCUCAUUGUUCUACUGGACACUCAUCGGAGGGAAGCCAUUUCUCCUCAAUUGGCGAGCAGAGCUGGAAGCGACCUUCCCGGGACCACUGCACUGGUUAGCGGCUGAGCUGGGGAUAAGAAUCCAGUUAUCUGUGCAUUCCUCUUUUUCUUUUGAGUUCCUGUACCAGUUUCCAGAAUCUCAAGAGUUGUAUAUCCAUCACCAAAAGCAAUUUUGGAACAGUUUCCUCACCUCAAAAAGAAAUCCACACCGACUGGCAAUCACUCCUUAUUCUUCAAAUCGCCUUCACCUAGUCCUGAACAGCUGCUAAUCUGCUCUCUUCCGUGUAGAGUUGCCUAUUCUGGACAUUUCCUUUUCAGAUUCUGACAAUGUCUCAUCCAUCUUGGCUGCCACCCAAAAGCACUGGGGAGCCCCUCGGCCAUGUGCCUGCGCGGAUGGAGACCACCCAUUCCUUUGGGACUCCCAGCAUUUCAGUGUCCACACAACAACCACCCAAGAAGUUUGCACCAGUAGUUGCUCCAAAGCCCAAGUACAACCCAUACAAACCUGGGGGGGAAGGUGAUUUUCUUCCACCCCCACCUCCACCUCUAGAGGAUCCUGGUGCUCUUCCAUCUGUCUCUGGAAGCUUCCCUCCUCCACCACCCCUUGAUGAAGGUGCUUUCAGGACACAGCAGGGAAAUCCAGGAGGCAAGACCCUUGAGGAAAGACGUUCUAGCUUGGACGCCGAGAUAGACUCGCUGACUAGCAUCUUGGCCGACCUUGAGUGCAGCUCCCCCUACAAGCCUCGGCCCCCACAGGGGUCUACUAGUUCAACAGCCUCUCCUCCAGUCUCCACCCCUGUCACAGGACAUAAAAGAAUGGUUAUACCAAACCAACCCCCUCUAACAGCAACCAAAAAGUCUACAUUGAAACCACAGCCUGCACCCCAGGCAGGACCCAUCCCUGUGGCACCCAUCGGAACGCUAAAACCCCAGCCUCAACCAGUCCCUGCCUCCUAUACUACAGCGUCCACCCCUUCGAGGCCUACCUUCAAUGUGCAGGUGAAGUCAGCCCAGCCCAGCUCGCAUUACAUGGCUGCUCCGUCAUCAGGACAAUUUUAUGGCGCAGGCCCGGGACCCCAGGGUUAUAACACUCAACCGGUUUCUAUGUCUGGGCAGUGCCCGCCUCCUUCAACACGGGGGGGCAUGGACUACGCAUAUAUUCCACCACCAGGACUUCAACCUGAGCCUGGGUACGGCUAUGCCCCCAACCAAGGACGCUAUUAUGAAGCCUAUUGCCCAUCAGGACCUGGCUACGGGGGCAAAAAUGACUCCGAUCCAGCUUAUGGUCAACAAGGGCAUCCAAAUACGUGGAAGCGGGACCAAGGAUAUACUCCUUCUGGAACAGGAAACCAGAACCCAGCCGGGAUGUAUCCAGUUACUGGUCCCAAGAAGACCUAUAUCACGGAUCCAGUUUCAGUGCCCUGUGCACCACCACUGCAACAAAAGGGUGGACAGACAGGAUCCAUGGGGCCUCCAGCUGUUCCCCCUUCAUUCCGUCCUGAAGAUGAGCUCGAACACCUAACCAAGAAGAUGCUGUAUGAUAUGGAAAAUCCACCUGCGGAUGAAUACUUUGGCCGCUGUGCUCGCUGUGGGGAAAACGUAGUCGGGGAAGGGACAGGAUGCACCGCUAUGGAUCAGGUCUUCCAUGUGGAUUGUUUUACCUGCAUCAUCUGCAACAACAAGCUCCGAGGACAGCCCUUCUACGCCGUAGAGAAGAAAGCCUACUGUGAGCCCUGCUACAUUAAAACCCUGGAGCAGUGCAGCGUGUGCUCCAAGCCCAUCAUGGAGCGGAUCCUGCGAGCCACCGGAAAGGCCUAUCAUCCUCACUGCUUUACCUGUGUGAUGUGCCACCGCAGCCUUGAUGGGAUCCCAUUCACUGUGGACGCUGGUGGCCUCAUUCACUGCAUUGAGGACUUCCACAAGAAAUUUGCCCCCCGAUGUUCUGUGUGCAAGGAGCCUAUCAUGCCAGCCCCAGGCCAGGAGGAGACUGUCCGGAUUGUGGCUCUGGAUCGCGAUUUCCACGUUCAUUGCUACCGGUGUGAGGAUUGUGGCGGUCUCCUGUCUGAAGGAGAUAACCAAGGCUGCUACCCUCUGGAUGGACACAUCCUCUGCAAAACCUGCAACUCCGCCCGCAUUAGGGUGCUGACGGCCAAGGCCAGCACCGACCUUUAAAUUCAGUCGCCUGCCUAGCUGGUUAGUUGGUGGCGCUGAGAAGAAUGAAACACAAGAAAAAAGAUAAGAAAAGAAACGGGAAAAUAGAGGAAAGGCAAUCAAGCCAUGGGAUGGUGUCUGUUCUUCAUAUAAUAUUAACCUUUCUUUAGAAACACA